UCUGACCUACCUAGAGCCUCAGAAUCUGGAGUACAAGGAGUUUGUCAGUGAUCUAAAAUCGGAUGCCAAACGGAUGUUUAACUUCACAGUGGAGGAUUCUUUGAUGAACAUCAUCUCAGGUGGUUUCUAUGAUGGUCUGAUGCUGUACUGCAGUGCUCUAAAUGAUAGUCUUGCAGAAGGACAUGGUCGACCUUCAGGAGAGUCUGUCACAAAGAGAAUGUGGAACCGGACUUAUUAUGGUGUCACCGGUCUAGUACAGAUUGAUGAGAAUGGAGACAGAGAAACUGAUUUUGCCCUGUGGGACAUGACUGACACGAACAGUGGUAACUUUCAGAUUGUGGCAGUGUAUAAUGGCACACAGAAGCAGAUGAAGAUUCUUCCUGGGAUGGCUAUCCAGUGGCCAGGUGGCAACAUUCCCUGGGAUGUGCCCCUCUGCGGCUUUAAGAACGACAACCCUGCCUGUCGUGCACGAACCAUCACAAUGCACCAGAUGAUUUCCAUUGUGAUUUUCCUCAUCCUCGUCAUCAUCUUCACUGUGACUGUGUUUAUAUACAGAAAGCUGAAGCUGGAGAAGGAGUUGGUCGCUCAGUUAUGGAGAAUUGCUUGGGAGGACAUUCAGAUGAGCAAUCUGGAAAAGGCCAUGAGGAGCACCGGGAGCAAACUCACACUUUCUCUAAGAGGUUCAAACUAUGGAUCACUGCUGACAGCUGACGGUAAUUUCCAGAUGUUUGCUAAGACUGGCUACUUUAAGGGAAACAUUGUGGCCAUUAAAUACAUCAACAGAAAGCGCAUCGAGUUAACGAGGAAAGUGUUGUUUGAACUGAAGCAUAUGAGAGAUGUGCAGAAUGAGCAUUUGACCCGUUUUAUCGGUGCCUGCAUGGAUCCACCCAACAUCUGCAUCGUCACAGAAUACUGCCCUCGAGGCAGCCUGCAGGACAUUUUGGAGAAUGAAAGCAUCACAUUAGACUGGAUGUUCAAAUAUUCACUAGUCAGCGACAUAGUAAAGGGCAUGGCUUUCCUUCACAACAGUGUGAUUGUAUCCCAUGGCAACCUGAAAUCAUCCAACUGUGUGGUUGACAAUCGUUUUGUGCUAAAGAUCACUGACUAUGGGCUGUCCAGUAUCAGGACAGAGUCAGACACGGAGGACGCCCACUCUUAUUAUGCACGUAAGCUGUGGAUGGCUCCAGAGCUGUUGAGAAUGGAGUGCUUUCCUCCAGGAGGCACACAGAAGGGCGACAUCUACAGUUUUGGCAUUAUCCUUCAAGAGGUGGCUCUGCGGAGAGGAGUCUUUUACCUGGAGGUAGACUCGCUUAGCCCAAAAGAGAUUGUGGACCGUGUAGCUCUGGGAGAAUGGCCGUAUCUACGGCCAUCCGUGAACCCUCAAGCCCACAGUGAAGAGCUGGGUCAGCUGAUGCAGCGCUGUUGGGCCGAAGAACCAUCAGACAGACCGGAGUUUAACCAUAUUAGUGUGUUACUCCGCAAACAGAACAGGGAGCACAGAAGUAAUAUCUUGGAUAAUCUCUUGUCUCGCAUGGAGCAGUAUGCUAAUAAUCUGGAAGAGCUGGUGGAGGAGAGGACUCAAGCCUAUCUGGAGGAGAAACGCAAGGCAGAAACUUUACUGUAUCAGAUCCUCCCUCAUUCAGUGGCAGAGCAGCUGAAGAGGGGUGAGACGGUGCAGGCCGAAGCUUUUGACUCUGUCACCAUCUACUUCAGUGAUAUUGUGGGCUUCACGGCUCUGUCGGCAGAGAGCACACCUAUGCAGGUCGUCACCCUCCUCAAUGAUCUCUACACCUGCUUUGAUGCCAUUAUAGAUAAUUUUGACGUUUACAAGGUGGAGACAAUAGGCGAUGCCUACAUGGUGGUUUCAGGAUUGCCGGUACGGAACGGGAAACUGCAUGGUCAUGAGAUCGCACGCAUGUCCCUUGCUCUAUUGGAGGCUGUCAAAUCAUUUAAGAUUCGCCACCGACCUGAUGAGCAACUGAAAUUACGAAUCGGCAUUCACAGUGGUCCUGUGUGUGCAGGUGUAGUCGGGCUGAAGAUGCCUCGGUACUGUCUUUUUGGAGAUACAGUGAACACAUCUUCUCGUAUGGAGUCGAAUGGAGAAUCUCUGAAAAUUCAUGUGUCAUCAGCCACUCGAGAUGUGCUGCAGGAGUUCAACUGCUUCCAGCUGGAGCUGAGAGGAGAUGUGGAGAUGAAGGGAAAAGGAAAGAUGAGGACCUACUGGCUUCUGGGGGAAAUAGAGAACGGUGAUUGAGACAGUGGGGAGCAGAAAAGCUCCAUGGGAUCAACAGAGACACACUGACUCUAGUCAAACGCAUCCACGGGGAAGCCAAGCCAAGACUGUUCUGUUGGCCAAAUGCACACACACAUAAUCUUGUACAGCACUAGAUGAUGUCUGACUUGUACAUAUGUACUUUUAGAUGUUUCUUUGUAAGAACACCAGCUGCAGCUGUAAAUGGAGUGAAGGUUGAGUGUGAUUGAAUAUCGUCCCCUGGUGGAUAAGUAGCAGCACUGCUGGCUUAAAAUAUGUUAGGCUAAAUAAACAUUAUUACUUCCAGGGUGUGUGUGAGAAAAGAUGUAAAUAUUAAAGAUGAUGACACAGAUUUUAGCUCAUCAAAAAAUCACUUGGCUUUCAUAAUUCAAAUGUUUUGAAGACAAAUAUUGAUCACUUAUUUACUUUUUUGUCAUUUAUUUCACUUGCGUAAUAUUUAUAGAUUCUUAUAUUAAAAAUAUUUUUUUCCACCCAGUCAGACUCUUGCACACAUAUUCUGCAUAUUCUUCUUCAAGCCAACUAAGACACAUUAAUCUCUGGCUCAUCUCCUGGAUGUUUCUGCUGAAUGAGAGGAGCUCCAGUUUCGAGAGACGGUUGCUGAUUUUUGGUGUGAAUGAAGCAGGAAUUUUGUGAGUCAUACAUAAAUACAAAGCAUAAAUAAUCCAUAAAAUAAAACCCAACAGAUUAAUAACAUUUUUUAACAUUUUGCCCAUUACACUUGCAAUGUCUACAGGUAUGUUACAUGGGAGAUUAAUGACACUUUUUGAUUUGACAUGAGAAGAACUUUGCCUUUGUAUUAUUUUAUAUGCUUGUAUGUUUCUGUGUUUCUGUUCCUGCAGGACGGUUUUACAUGAUUUUACUUGAGAAAGUAAGUGUAAAGGUUCUUUGCAAAGUGUUUAGGAGUGAUAAUAAAACCUCUGGCAACAUAGUCAUAGGAG